AUGACGACGUGCCGUCUGCUGUGCGCCCUGUUGGUGCUCGCCCUGUACUGCUGCCCGUCCGUGUGCGUGACGGCAGAUGUUGAUGAUAAAGCUAAUAAUUCUGGAGGACAUUCCGAUUCAGAUGAAAGUGGUAAGCCCCGCACGUUACACCCAACAGUUAACGGACCGGCUAAUCCUGGUUCAAAAGGUCUGGCCGUUACGUUAUCGGGAUCGAAAGAGACGGCCGCUCCGCCGGAGAGUCCAAAUCCGAAUGGCGUUGCGCAAGUUAGUUCAGGGCCAACGAGUUCGGAUCUUGGUCCGUCGGGGACUCCGUCCUCAAAGCAAACAGAUACGAAUGUUGACACCGCUGCCGAGACGACGACGACAACGACAAAGGCACCAUCUACGACAACCACCACGACCACUGCCGCGCCGGAGGCACCAAGUACUACGACUACAGAGGCGCCAACCACGACGACCACCCUCUCACCGUCACGUCUUCGUGAAAUCGACGGCAGCCUCAGCAGCUCUGCGUGGGUGUGUGCCCCGCUGCUGCUCGCCGUAUCCGCGCUGGCGUACACCGCUCUGGGCUGA